UUGCUGAAACAAGACUUGCCGGGCAAUUCUUCCCAUUUGAAUCAUGGCGUUCAAGUGCCAGAGGGAUUGCUGGCUCCAGCAGUUUACAACGCGAGUGGUGUCAUGCUGCCCUGCAGAAUUAUCCACAGAAACCGGUGGAAAGAAGGAAAGACUACAAGGAUACCAUGUCGUCCUGGAAGACACAAUUCUUUUCCCAGAAGGUGGAGGACAGCCAGAUGACCGGGGACUCAUGAAUGGCAUCCCAGUGCUUAGGGUCACCCGACAAGGCCCUGAUGCUCUGCACUUCAUCCAGACACCCCUUGAGCCUGGGAGCGAAGUGCAACUAGAGUUGGAUUGGGACCGGCGGUUUGAUCACAUGCAACAGCAUUCAGGACAACACCUUAUCACAGCACUCGCAGAUCUGAUGUUUGGAUUCAAGACAACAUCAUGGGAGCUGGGCCGCCAAAGAGGUACCAUUGAGUUGGACACCUCUUCCAUGACAGCAGAGCAGGUGGCUGCCCUUGAGCAGAGUGUCAAUGACAAAAUCCGUGCUCGGGUCCCAGUGGUGGUCCGAGAGUUUGCGGUGGGUGACCCUGAGGUUGAGAUGGUGAGGAGCCGAGGAUUGCCGGAUGACCACACUGGACCUGUUCGUAUAAUAAGCAUUGAAGGCAUUGAUGCUAAUAUGUGUUGUGGCACACAUGUCUCCAACCUCAGUGACCUGCAGGUUGUUAAGCUCUUGGGCACCGAAAAAGGGAAGAAGAACAAGACCAAUUUAGUUUUCCUCGCUGGGAAUCGAGUGCUAAAAACGCUGGAGCGAAACCAUACCACUGAGAAGGCCCUGACGUCACUACUUAAGAAUGGUCCUGAGGAGCAUGUAGAAGGUGUGAAGAGACUGCAGAAUUCUGUGAAGCAGCUUCAGAAGAACAACUUGAACCUAUUGAGGGACUUGGCUGUCCUUACUGCACAGAGCUUCAAAAACAACAUGGCUCAGGAGCCAUUGUUUGUAUUACACAGGAAAGAUGGCGACUCUGAGUUCAUGAACAUCAUAGCCAAUGAAAUUGGCAAUGAGAAAACCAUCGUUUUCCUAUCUGUGGGAGAUGAAAAAGCAGCUGGACUUUUCUUGCUUGCAGGGCCUCCAGAAACAGUGGAGAAACUGGGUCCCAGGGUGGCUGAACUACUGGAAGGAAAAGGGGCCGGAAAGCGUGGCCGCUACCAAGGCAAAGCCACACGGAUGAGCCGGCGAGCAGAAGUGGAGACCCUCCUUCGAGGAUUUAUCAAUGAACAGAGGAUAGAGCCAUGACUGGGAAGUGGAGCCAAUGGAGUGAUGACAAGAAGACUGGGAGGGGGAGAAACUGGGCCAUAGGAUUCCUCUAGGACUAUCAAGAACUGUGAUACAAUUCUCCUUUGUGUUCUUGCUUUGUACGUGCCAUUGCCAACAGAGAAGAUAGUUGAUGGUUUAGUCCUGUCAAGAGGGGGCGCAUUGGAAUUGAGAGUGUUAUUGGCAUUAGAAUUUGAGAGUGAAGUAAAAGAUGCAAGACAAACAUGCCUGGGAGGUGUGCUGUUACCUUCAGAAACAGUUUUUCCCAAUCUUGAGUUGUGGGGACGUAGAGGGGGAAAUCACACUUUUUUUGGUGGAGAAUUAUUUGUGUUUUAGCAUGGUUGGUUUCCAUUAUUAAAAAAGGAUUGGCUGGAAAAUGGAUAGGGUGCAAAACAGAUUGGGGCCACAUAAUUUGCACCCCUGCUCUAAUUCAGACAUUUGUGAUUGCUAGAAACACCUAAUGCUUGUUCAUAAAUGCUUCCCAUUAGCUUUUGUGAUCCAUAA